AUGGCUGCAUUAGUGGAGCAAGAACAACAGCAACAGAAUGUUGUGGUUAGGUUUAUUAACCUUCCCUUGGUGAGCUCAACAUAUGACAUAGUGUCUUCUGUUUAUGAGAACACUAAAGAUGCCCAUCCCUACCUGAAAUCUGUCUGUGGCGUGGCAGAGAAGAGUGCAAAGACCAUCACCACAGUGGCUGUUAAUGGUGCUAUGCCAAUAAUACAUAAACUGGAACCUCAGAUUGCCAUAGCAAACAACCUUGCUUGUAUUGGACUUGAUAAGAUUGAAGAGAGGCUGCCCAUUUUGUAUCAGCCUGGUGACAAGAUUAUUGCUAAUGCCUCUGAGGCUGUUGUUGGUGCUAAAGAUGCUGUGAUACAGAGCAUAACAGGAGUGGUUGAUAAGACAAAAGGAGCUGUGUAUGGAAGUGUGGAGAUGACCAAGUCUGUUGUAAAUGGAAGCAUCAACACUGUGCUUGGGAGUAGUGCAGUGCGUAAGAUGAGCAGUGGUGUUGAUACUGCGCUGACAAAGUCCGAGACUCUUCUUCUGGAACAAUAUCUGCCACCAACUGAUGAAGAGCUAGCAAAGGAAGCUGCAAAAACAGAGGGCUUUGAGUUAUCGACAGGAAAUACAAGCUACUACAUUCGCUUGGGAUCACUCUCUACAAAGGCCCGCAAACGUGCCUACCAACAGGCUCUGACAAAAUUCAGGGAUGCUAAAGGCAGAAGUCAGGAGGCUAUUGCUCAGCUGCAGACUACUGUUGACAUGAUUGAAUUUGCCAGGAAGAACAUGAGUGGUGCAAACCAAAAGAUACAUGAUGCACAGGAGAUUUUGUACAGUAAAUGGGUGGAAUGGACAAAGGGCACAGACCAGCAAACAUGUGGAGAGUCUCAAAGCACUGAGCAAAUUGAAUCCCGCACUCUGACAAUUGCACGGAAUCUGACCAAUCAACUGCAAACUACAUGUCUGUCUUUAGUGUCAAGUGUUAAAGGCCUUCCACAAAACAUCCAGAACAAAGCUCUGAGUGUUAGUGCCAUGGCUGCAGAUGUGUACCAGAAUUUUCUCUCUGCCUCCUCUUUCAGAGAUUUAUCUGACAGCCUGAUAAACACCAGCAGAGAGAAGUUCACAAAUAUGAAGGAUUCCUUGGAUGAUAUGAUGGACUUUUUGGUUAACAACACUCCUCUAAACUGGCUGGUACCUGACUUCAGCAUUAAUGACCUAUCAUCAGAAACUGAAGGUGACCCAGAGAUGCUGGCAGCAGAAGAGGAAGAAAUGCAAGAUUUUUCACGUAUAAAUGGGCGUGUAAUAAACAGGGAAUAA